UUUAAGAAUUUGGUAUUUAGCGGAGUUAAUCAUUUUCCUCCUCAACUUUUAAUUUGGUGUUAAGCAGUGGUAAUUUGGCAAUUGUAAAAUGUAUUUCUAAAAUUCAAAGAGGAUAAACAUUUAAACAUCUUGUAUUGGGCUAAAAUUUGUUUCAUAUUGAGUAACGUAAGAUAAAACCCCGGGUCCUCACAUUUAAUCAUACUACAAGCAAAAUAUGAACUGGCCGUCGCUGACAUGAAUAACAGACGAAUGGGACAAGAAUCUCCUACUAACCGUAGAAUUGUUUAAUUUUUAGAUAACGCGUAACAAAACCUUGGUCCUCGAAAACGCUGAAACAAUGCACCAGUGAAGUUACGAGCUAAAUUUGACAAGCAAAGCUAAAUGUAAAAAAAAAAAAAAAAAAAUCCCAAAUCUGCUGGCAAUAUUUAUGAAACCUGUUUCCAUGGUUACGCGGUGACUAGGUAGCGUUUACCACCUAGAGCUGCAGUCUAACAUUGCAGUUCAGGGGAUGACUGGUUUGAACCAAUGCCGUUAUGACCAUGCGCCGUAGUUUUCCUCAAUAACGAGGUUGUCUCAAAGAUGUUUGUAUGCCAGCUCCAACAUAAUGACUUUCCAGGUUUACGCUUCUCUACCUACCACGAAGGUUUUAAUAUCAGAGGGGAGCUCAAAUAGCCAGCGCGGCCCCGAUGCGGCUGGAUAUUCAACAUACAGGAACUUCGGGAUGGGAGCAGGUGGAGGACAAGCGGCUUUCCGGCAGAAUAGUCAAAUAAGGAGAAAAUAUCCUGCGAUACAACCCUUUAGCAGUGAGCUAGGGUGUUCCAUGUAUGUGCUAAAUUUAUUCAGAUGAAGCUAGCUUAAAGGUAAGACGAAUGCUGAACACAGUUCAUCUCUGUUGUAGAGUCCAGGGAUGGGAAAAUCUUGGUUUGCAGCUUCAUAAUUGGAGGAUUAGGUGUCAACUUUUUCCAAAAGCUAGGAAAAUACCACGAUAUUCAGUAAAUGAUUUCAUCAGUAAACCUGUUUCUUUGUCGGCAGCGUAGAGUUUUCUGCGCCAGCGUAACGACAGUAUACCACAAAUAGAACUCUAUCUGGGCAAAAACAUCCAUCAUCCUAUAAUAUAUUUCUCAGAAUAUCAGUUUGUUUUUUGAGGCCAAGCUUUCAUCUUCAUGUCUCUGUUUAGAGUCCUGUUACAGCUUCUGUAUUCGGUAGGGGUCGCUCACAACAGAAGGCUCUGCAGAAAAUACAGUAUUCAGUAAAGUAGUUAUACAUCAAAUACUCUGUAAUAUGUGUAAUAUUAUAAUGGUAUUGUGCUUGAUAAAAGAUCCAAGAAUAAUAGCUAACAGAAAUUGCAUACUGCGUGAGUCAUUAUGCAGGGGUUUUAACGUGUGCUGUUGUGGCUGAUAGUUAUUUCUCUUUUUUCAAUGUGCAGGUCACCUAACUUCGCCAAAGAUGGCAAGCUGGAAUCAGAGAACAACGACCCAGAGAAGGACAUCUCUGGGAGAGAGGACCAGAACUGUGAUUCCUCCACUGCCAAGAGACUACCAUGUGCACAGACCUGGCAAACUGCAUCCCUUCAGCCUCUCCAAGGAGCUUUCCCACAGCCACGCAGGGCAACCCUUCACCCUGGGGCCUAAGGUGAAUUAUCCAACCAACAACCUACUGACUGUUAAAGACAAUCAGAAGAGUCAGUCCUAUCCAGACCCGGUGGUCGGAGCCUCUCGCUCUUUUAUCCACAGGGUAUCUGAGCUGUCGUCUCUGGAGGGUGAGACAGUGACACAAGAAAAGCUCAAGAAAACGAGGAAACCUAGAAAACCUCCAUCCUGACAAUCACCUUCCUCCCAGUCACACUGGUCAAGGAUUAAUACUUUGGUGUCUUUGCCAACAACAUCUGAGCAAAAUAAAACAUUUAGGGCACCAUGUUCAUUUCAGUGGCUUGUUCUAACCGCUUGUUUAUCCUCAGUGAUAUUACUUCCUGUUUAACAUGGCUUAUCUUCACAUUUUGGGAUUCCUGACCUGAGCUUCUCUCUUUUAGUGACCACAUACCGUACUUACUGUGGUAAAUUGCAGCAUUUGCCCAACAAUAAAUGCUAAUGAUGAAUAUUACAUAAAUCAAGUAUUUUCUAUUAUGACAGCUUUCUGUAGUUUUCCACUCAACAUCUGCAUAUUUAUUUGACCUUUUUAAUGGCUUGUAGCGGUUAUUAUGUAAUACUGCCAUAUUUCUUGCUGUAUCAUUAGUGUUUUGCAGAUGCUGUCUAGCUUGGAUCUCAUUACAACAGUAUUUCACACAUUGCUUUGUUAAGCAAGUGGAAUAUCUAUGUACAUAUUAAAUAGUUUAGUGAAACUAUUAUUGUGCCUUGUAAAGU